AUGGCGAAACGAGGAGCUUUCUCUAGCCUCCUCUCAUGUCUCAUUGUCUUGUUGUUCUUGACCCCAGUCUUAGCAGUCACAAAUGAUCAUCAAGAAAAACAGGUGUAUAUCGUCUACAUGGGUUCACUUCCUUCUCGAGCAGACUACUCACCAGUGUCCAAUCACAUUAGUAUCCUUCAAGAGAUCACUGGAGAAAGUUCCAUCGAAGGUCGUUUGGUGAGAAGUUACAAGAGGAGUUUCAACGGCUUCGCGGCGAGACUCACUGAGUCAGAACGACAACUUGUAGCAAAUAUGGAGGGAGUUGUGUCUGUGUUCCCAAGCAAAAAAUUAAAACUCCAAACGACGGCGUCUUGGGAUUUCAUGGGGCUAAAGGAAGGAAACAAGACGAACCGGAAUCUGUCUGUGGAGAGUGAUACAAUUAUCGGAGUCUUCGAUGGUGGAAUCUGGCCGGAAUCCGAAAGCUUUUCCGACAAAGGCUUUGGUCCUCCUCCAAAGAAAUGGAAGGGCAUUUGCGCCGGCGGCAACAACUUUACGUGCAAUAACAAGUUGAUUGGGGCAAGACACUAUGGACCCGGAAACGCUACAGAUCAUAGCGGCCACGGCACACACACGGCGUCUAUCGCGGCUGGAAACGCAGUCGCAAAAACCAGCUUCUUUGGGCUCGGCUAUGGAACGGUGAGAGGUGCCGUUCCAGCCUCUAGAAUCGCUGCUUACAAAGUCUGCGCCGGAGAAUGUAAAGAUGAAUAUAUACUGUCUGCGUUCGAUGACGCCAUUGCCGAUGGUGUUGACAUCAUCACCAUCUCCAUAGGUGAUAUUGAUGUGUACCCGUUCGAGACAGACCCGAUCGUAAUUGGAGCUUUUCACGCUAUGUCCAAAGGGAUCCUCACUGUGAACGCGGCUGGUAACACUGGUCCGUAUACGGCGUCCAUCACGAGCUUAGCACCGUGGAUGUUAACCGUUGCAGCAAGCACCACGAACCGUGCGUUUGUCAACAAAGUGGUCCUCGGCGACGGAAAGACACUUGUCGGAAACUCAGUGAAUAAUUUCGAUCUGAAAGGAGAGAAACUCCCAUUGGUGUACGGAAAAUCUGCUGCUUCGUCUGCCUCCCUAGUGAAAUGCGCGGAGGACUGCACACCAAAUUGUCUUGACGCAUCCCUGGUGAAGGGAAAGAUCUUGGUGUGCAAUAGAUCUCUUCCAUACGUAGCCUAUACAAAGGGUGCUGUUGCAGGCAUUUUUAAAGAUGGCGCAGACUGGGCCCAAAUCGAGGGUAUACCUGUAUCUGGCUUACAAGAAAAUGAUUUUGAGUCUCUCCUCUCUUACAUUAAGUCCACAAAUACCCCAAAAGCGGCUGUUCUAAAAAGUGACACAGUCUUUAAUCCGCAAGCUCCUAGAAUUCUUUCCUUCUCUUCUCGCGGUCCAAACACGAUCGCUACUGAUAUUCUCAAGCCGGAUGUGACAGCACCAGGACAGGAGAUUUUGGCUGCAAAUUCACUCAAGGCAUUACCGUUUUAUGACAACACACAUGUGAAAUACACCAUUGAGUCCGGAACUUCAAUGUCUUGUCCACACGUUGCAGGCGUAGCCGCCUACGUCAAGACGUUUCAUCCUAAAUGGUCCCCUUCGAUGAUCAAAUCUGCCAUUAUGACAACAGCUUGGUCGUUGAAUGCUUCUGAAAGUGGCUAUGCAUCAACCGAGUUUGCUUAUGGAGCUGGACAUGUAGAUCCAAUAGCUGCUACUAAUCCUGGACUCGUAUAUGAUUCGACCAAAGCAGACUACAUUGCCUUCCUCUGCGGCAUGAACUAUAAUGCGACAACCAUAAAACUCAUCUCCGGUGAAGCCGUCACUUGCGCUGGAAAAAACUUACCAAGAAACCUUAACUAUCCUUCGAUGUCGGCUAAACUGUCAAGAACUUAUGGCUCUUUCUCCAUCACUUUCAGCAGAACCGUCACCAACGUCGGUACCCCAAACUCUACAUACAAAUCAAAAGUAGUCUUAAAUCAUGGAUCUAAGCUCAACGUCAAGGUCUCUCCAAGUGUUCUAUCAAUGAAGUCGUUGAACGAGAAGCAGUCUUUCACGGUUACUGUUUCAGGCAGCGAUCUCGGCUCAAAGCUGCCUUCGUCUGCAAAUCUAAUAUGGUCUGAUGGCACCCAUAACGUUAGAAGCCCCAUUGUUGUUUAUGCUGGUAUCUUCCCAUCAUUAUCACCAUAG